AUGACUCAGCUAAGAAAGCCUCGAUUUAAUAAUUUUUAUAUAGCCAUUAUUAUCAAUACUCCAAGUGAACCAUUAUUUAUUGGCGAAUCAUACAAUAUCACCUGGUCAGUGGUUGGCCCUGAACCCACAGCUUUAGGCUCUAUUUCUAUAACUACAGAUCUCAGGAGUCCGAGUGCCGUAGUGAAUAGAGAUAUAGCCGUUAAUGUAAAUCUUACCUAUCACUAUCAGUUAUGGACAGUUGACAUUUGGGCUGGUUACUAUUUCUUUGGGAUUAAGGAUGGCAACACUUCUGCAGAAUCUGGUAUAUUCAGAAUUAACAAUGGUAAUUCUGGUAUAAAUGUCACAUCUUUAAGUACAUCAACAGGAAGUUCAGUUACACCAAUUACUA